CGGAGGACUUGUAGUCUUCAGCUCAGACCAAGAUGGCGGAUAAUGUAGUCACUACAGAGAAUGUUGGAGAGAUAAACAAAGCUGUGGAUUUUUUACACGACGAGAAAGCCGACGCCGACAUGGUGCCUCCUCUGAACCUGGGCGAUUUGGACUUGAGCUCGGACGAGUUCAUCCUGGACGAGGUGGACAUCCACAUUCAGGCUAACCUGGAGGACGAGCUGGUGCAGGAGGCCCUGAGGACGGGUGUAGACCUGAGGCAGUACUCCAAGCAGGUGGAGGCCGAGCUGCAUCGCAUCGAGCAGGCUUCCAUCAAAGACUACAUAAAGGAGAGUCAGAACAUUGCGUCACUCCAUAACCAGAUCACCGCCUGUGAUUCCAUACUGGAGAGGAUGGAGGGGAUGCUGAGCAGUUUCCAGGGCGAUCUUUCCUCCAUCAGCAGUGAAAUCGAGACGCUGCAGCAGCAGUCGGUCAGUAUGAGCGUGAGGCUGAAGAACAGACAGGCUGUACGCAGUCACCUCAGCCAGCUGGUGGAUGAGCUGCUCGUACCCAGCACCAUGAUCAGUGUGAUCAUGGAGAGUCCGGUAACAGAGCAGGACUUUCUCGAGCAGCUUCAUGAACUGAACAAUAAGAUCAACUUUGCUAAGGAGUUGAGUUUCAGAGAGACGCUGGCCUGCGCCGACAUCCAGGACAUCGUCGAUCGUCUGAAGCUCAAGGCGGUCAGUAAGAUCCGUGAGUUCAUCCUGCAGAAGAUCUACUCGUUCAGGAAACCCAUGACCAACUACCAGAUCCCACAGAACACACUCCUCAAGUACAGGUUCUUCUACCAGUUCCUGCUGGCCAACGAGAGGACGGUGGCCAAAGAAAUCCGGGACGAGUACGUGGACACCAUGAGCAAGAUCUACUACAGCUACUUCAAGUCCUACAGCAGCAGGCUGCUCAAAGUGCAGUAUGAAGACGUGGCGGAUAAAGACGAUCUGAUGGGGGUGGAAGAUACAGCCAAGAAAGGUUUCUUCUCCAAGCCGUCCCUGAAGAGCAGGAACACCAUUUUCACGCUGGGUCAGCGGGGGGCGGUGUUGAGCCCAGCCGAGCUGGAGGGACCCAUCCUAAUUCCUCACGCUGCUCAGCGUGGAGACGUCAGGUACCCGUACGAGACGCUGUUCCGCAGUCAGCACUACGCCCUGCUGGAUAACGGCUGCCGUGAGUUCCUCUUCCUGUCCGAUUUCUUCAUGGUGACGGGAAACUCCUCGCUGGACCUGUUCAACAGCGUCAUGGGCAAAACGCUCAGCAUGUUCCUGAAGAACAUCUCCACCUACGUGUCGGACUGCUACGACAGCAUCGCCGUGUUCCUCUGUAUCCACAUCAUCCUGCGCUUCAAAGCCAUCACCGCCAAGAGGACCAUCCCCGCCCUCGACAAGUACUGGGAGGCCGUGUUGGAGAUGCUGUGGCCGAGGUUCGAGCUCAUACUGGAGAUGAACAUCCAAAGCAUCCGGGAUACAGACCCUCAGAAACUGGGAGUGCUGGAUACCAGACCACACUAUAUCACGCGGCGCUAUGCUGAGUUCUCCUCCGCUAUAGUGAGCAUUAACCAGACCUUCCCCAACGAGAGGACCAACGCCCUGCUGGGGCAGUUACAGAUCGAGGUGGAGAACUUUGUGCUGAAGAUGGCCGCUGAGUUUCCCUCCAGACGUGAUCAGCUCAUCUUCCUCAUCAACAACUACGACAUGAUGCUGGGAGUUCUCAUGGAGAGAGCAGCUGACGACAGUAAAGAGGUGGAGGGAUUCCAGCAGCUCCUACUGGCCAGAACACAGGAGUUUAUUGAGGAGAUUCUGGCUCCUCCGUUUGGAGGCCUGAUCACCUUUGUGAAGGAGAGCGAGGCGCUGAUGGAGAAAGGGCAGCUGGACAAACUGAAAAAUGAGGAGGCUCGUAUUACACAGCUGGUUCGAGGUUUCUCCAGCACGUGGAAGCAGUCAGUAGAAGCUCUGAGUCAGGACGUCAUGCGCUCCUUCACCAACUUUAAAAACGGUACCAGCAUCAUACAGGGGGCACUGACCCAGUUGAUCCAGUACUACCAUGGCUUCCAUAAGAUCCUGUCCCAGCCCACCUUCCGCAGCCUGGCCGUUCGCUCCGAGCUCAUCAACCUGCACCACCUGAUGGUGGAGGUGAAGAAACACAAACCCAACUUCUGAACCAAAGACCUGCUGCAGGGAUGGAGGGUGUGGUGCUGCUGGAAAAGACUGGAGAUUUAAACUGGUUGUUUUCUAUGGAACGAUCCAGUUCUGUUUCAGUCAGUCAUGGAUCUUUUAGUGAAGAUGAAGAACUGUGGACUGUAAUAAUAAUCUACAUGUUGGAUAUUAUUGUAACGUUAAUGGAAGAGGGACCAGCGUGUGUAUUUAAUGUUGCUCUUUAUGUUGAUUUAUUUCUGACAUUAAUAAAAUCAGACUCAUUA